AUGUUACUCUUAGUAGUAAUCGUCUCAAUACUUUCAAUUGGAAGUCUUAAUGGUGAUGCAGUUAUUCAAGCAGCCUUUCGAGCUUGUCCUGGUUCUAGUGGAUCGAUUUGGACUCGACCAAGUUAUUGUCCUGCUGAUCCAAGCAACAAUCCUCCUCAACAAACAGAAAUAAUGGAUCUUAUAGCUUGGACAUGGAACACAGCACCAAAGGAACAAGCAUGUCCAUUUGGAUUGAGUCGUGUUUUAUUAAGAUUUGAUCAAAUGACAGAUGUCAUUCCACAGGACGCCAUCAUUAGAUCUGCAACAUUGAAACUCUUUGGAGUAGGUAGUCAACAAGUGAAUGGUUAUGCAUUUUCUUACUUUGCUAACUCUUAUCUUAAUGCAUAUGCACCUGCUCAUUAUGGUCCAAACAGGGUAAAUAUUACACGCGUUACUCAGGCAUAUGAUAUGGCAACAGUCACUUGGAAUACUCAACCAUCGAGCCAAGGUCCUCCUGCUGUUAUACCAGAGUCAAAUAUGCAAUUUUAUUACAACAUUGCCGUUGAUGUAAAAUCUCUUGUAGAUAACAUGCUUGCUCCUGGUACUAAUAAUGGUUUUCUACUUCAAUUCGAAGUCGAAGACUAUUAUCGUUCAAUGAACUUUUUCUCAAGCAAUACAAAAGAUGAUUCAAAACGACCUCUUCUUGAAGUUGAAUACAUCGUAUCUUGUAAGGGAAGUGCAACCAAAGAUGUUUUGCUAGAAGCGCCAAUAGUAAAUGUGAAAAAUUGA